CCGCCUCUCCGCGCCGGCGGGGGCGGUCGGGGGCCUCGAACCCGGGGAUGCUCGCGGGGAGGGUCCCGAGCCCGCGCCGGCCUGGCCCCCCCGUCCCCGGCUGGGCCUCUCCGGGACACUCCCCGCCCCGCUGCUGGCCACCUCCGAGCACGCCACGUCCUCCUCCCCGUCCUGCCCCCCGGGCUCCCCCCGGGCUGGGGGCGGUAACCGGCGGCCGCGGCCGGACUUGGCGAGCCGGCGGCUGGAAGCUCGGGCGGGGGAGCGGGGCGCGGCGGGAAGGAGCGGGCGACCCGGUGUGUGGGCCAGCGGAGCUCCGAUGGAGUUUGGCCUUGGUGGGAUUGUGUGUUGGGAGCUGCAGUCCCAGAUGCUUCUGCUAGUUUAAUAGAAGAGAUCAGGAAGAACAAACUGGCAAGUGAAUUGGACAGAUACAGACCCAAAAGACUUCAGAUAAUUGGAAAGAAAUUUUGCAACCAGGGCAUUUCUGCCAUCAAAACAGAGAGACAGAGUCUUGCUUUGUCACUCAGGCUGGGGUACAGUGGCAUGAUCCUAGCUCACUGCAACCUUGAACUCCUGGGCUCAAGUGAUCCUUCUGCCUCAGCCUCCCAAGUAGCUACAACUAGCACAAAACUUAUUGACAUGAGCCUGGAAUUUUGAAGAAGCCAGUUGAGGGAAGUUCUCCAUGAAUGUACGUCACAAUGAUGAUGACCGACCAAAUCCCUCUGGAACUGCCACCAUUGCUGAACGGAGAGGUAGCCAUGAUGCCCCACUUGGUGAAUGGAGAUGCAGCUCAGCAGGUUAUUCUCGUUCAAGUUAAUCCAGGUGAGACUUUCACAAUAAGAGCAGAGGAUGGAACACUUCAGUGCAUUCAAGGACCUGCUGAAGUUCCCAUGAUGUCACCCAAUGGAUCCAUUCCUCCCAUUCAUGUGCCUCCAGGUUAUAUCUCACAGGUGAUUGAAGAUAGUACUGGAGUCCGCCGGGUGGUGGUCACACCCCAGUCUCCUGAGUGUUAUCCCCCAAGCUACCCCUCAGCCAUGUCUCCAACCCAUCAUCUCCCUCCCUAUCUGACUCACCAUCCACAUUUUAUUCAUAACUCACACACGGCUUACUACCCACCUGUUACCGGACCUGGAGAUAUGCCGCCUCAGUUUUUUCCCCAGCAUCAUCUUCCCCACACAAUAUAUGGUGAGCAAGAAAUUAUACCAUUUUAUGGAAUGUCAAGCUACAUCACCCGAGAAGACCAGUACAGCAAGCCUCCGCACAAAAAACUGAAAGACCGCCAGAUCGAUCGCCAGAACCGCCUCAACAGCCCUCCUUCUUCUAUCUACAAAAGCAGCUGCACAACAGUAUACAAUGGCUAUGGGAAGGGCCACAGUGGUGGAAGUGGCGGAGGCGGCAGCGGUGGUGGUCCCGGAAUUAAGAAAACAGAGCGACGAGCAAGAAGCAGCCCGAAGUCGAAUGAUUCAGACUUGCAAGAAUAUGAGUUGGAAGUAAAGAGGGUGCAAGACAUUCUUUCGGGAAUAGAGAAACCACAGGUUUCUAAUAUUCAGGCAAGAGCAGUUGUGUUGUCCUGGGCUCCCCCUGUUGGACUUUCCUGUGGACCCCACAGUGGUCUUUCCUUCCCCUACAGUUACGAGGUGGCCUUAUCAGACAAAGGACGAGAUGGAAAAUACAAGAUAAUUUACAGUGGAGAAGAAUUAGAAUGUAACCUGAAAGAUCUUAGACCAGCAACAGAUUAUCAUGUGAGGGUGUAUGCCAUGUACAAUUCCGUAAAGGGAUCCUGCUCCGAGCCUGUUAGCUUCACCACCCACAGCUGUGCACCCGAGUGUCCUUUCCCCCCUAAGCUGGCACAUAGGAGCAAAAGUUCACUAACCCUGCAGUGGAAGGCACCAAUUGACAAUGGUUCAAAAAUCACCAACUACCUUUUAGAGUGGGAUGAGGGAAAAAGAAAUAGUGGUUUCAGACAGUGCUUCUUCGGGAGCCAGAAGCACUGCAAGUUGACAAAGCUUUGUCCGGCAAUGGGGUACACAUUCAGGCUGGCUGCUCGAAACGACAUUGGCACCAGUGGUUAUAGCCAAGAGGUGGUGUGCUACACAUUAGGAAAUAUCCCUCAGAUGCCUUCUGCACCAAGGCUGGUUCGAGCUGGCAUCACAUGGGUCACGUUGCAGUGGAGUAAGCCAGAAGGCUGUUCACCCGAGGAAGUGAUCACCUACACCUUGGAAAUUCAGGAGGAUGAAAAUGAUAACCUUUUCCACCCAAAAUACACUGGAGAGGAUUUAACCUGUACUGUGAAAAAUCUCAAAAGAAGCACACAGUAUAAAUUCAGGCUGACUGCUUCUAAUACGGAAGGAAAAAGCUGUCCAAGCGAAGUUCUUGUUUGUACGACGAGUCCUGACAGGCCUGGACCUCCUACCAGACCGCUUGUCAAAGGCCCAGUUACAUCUCAUGGCUUUAGUGUCAAAUGGGAUCCCCCUAAGGACAAUGGUGGUUCAGAAAUCCUCAAGUACUUGCUAGAGAUUACUGAUGGAAAUUCUGAAGCGAAUCAGUGGGAAGUGGCCUACAGUGGGUCGGCUACCGAAUACACCUUCACCCACUUGAAACCAGGCACUUUGUACAAACUCCGAGCAUGCUGCAUCAGUACCGGCGGACACAGCCAGUGUUCUGAAAGUCUCCCUGUUCGCACACUAAGCAUUGCACCAGGUCAAUGUCGACCACCGAGGGUUUUGGGUAGACCAAAGCACAAAGAAGUCCACUUAGAGUGGGAUGUUCCUGCAUCGGAAAGUGGCUGUGAGGUCUCAGAGUACAGCGUGGAGAUGACGGAGCCCGAAGACGUAGCCUCGGAAGUGUAUCAUGGCCCAGAGCUGGAGUGCACCGUCGGCAACCUGCUUCCUGGAACCGUGUAUCGCUUCCGGGUGAGGGCUCUGAAUGAUGGAGGGUAUGGUCCCUAUUCUGAUGUCUCAGAAAUUACCACUGCUGCAGGGCCUCCUGGACAAUGCAAAGCACCUUGUAUUUCUUGUACACCUGAUGGAUGUGUCUUAGUGGGUUGGGAGAGUCCUGAUAGUUCUGGUGCUGACAUCUCAGAGUACAGGUUGGAAUGGGGAGAAGAUGAAGAAUCCUUAGAACUCAUUUAUCAUGGGACAGACACCCGUUUUGAAAUAAGAGACCUGUUGCCUGCUGCACAAUAUUGCUGUAGACUACAGGCCUUCAAUCAAGCAGGGGCAGGGCCGUACAGUGAACUUGUCCUUUGCCAGACGCCAGCGUCUGCCCCUGACCCCGUCUCCACUCUCUGUGUCCUGGAGGAAGAGCCCCUUGAUGCCUACCCUGAUUCACCUUCUGCGUGCCUUGUACUGAACUGGGAAGAGCCGUGCAAUAACGGAUCUGAAAUCCUUGCUUACACCAUUGAUCUAGGAGACACUAGCAUUACCGUGGGCAACACCACCAUGCAUGUUAUGAAAGAUCUCCUUCCAGAAACCACCUACCGGAUCAGAAUUCAGGCUAUAAAUGAAAUUGGAGCUGGACCAUUUAGUCAGUUCAUUAAAGCAAAAACUCGGCCAUUACCACCCUUGCCUCCUAGGCUAGAAUGUGCUGCUGCUGGUCCUCAGAGCCUGAAGCUAAAAUGGGGAGACAGUAACUCCAAGACACAUGCUGCUGACGACAUGGUGUACACACUACAGCUGGAGGACAGAAACAAGAGGUUUAUUUCAAUCUACAGAGGACCCAGCCACACCUACAAGGUCCAGAGACUGACGGAAUUCACAUGCUACUCCUUCAGAAUCCAGGCAGCAAGCGAGGCUGGAGAAGGGCCCUUCUCAGAAACCUAUACCUUCAGCACAACCAAAAGUGUCCCCCCAACCAUCAAAGCACCUCGAGUAACACAGUUAGAAGGAAAUUCAUGUGAAAUUUUAUGGGAGACGGUACCAUCAAUGAAAGGUGACCCUGUUAACUACAUUCUGCAGGUAUUGGUUGGAAGAGAAUCUGAAUACAAACAGGUGUACAAGGGAGAAGAAGCCACAUUCCAAAUCUCAGGCCUCCAGACCAACACAGACUACAGGUUCCGCGUAUGUGCGUGUCGUCGCUGUUUAGACACCUCUCAGGAGCUAAGCGGAGCCUUCAGCCCCUCUGCGGCUUUUGUAUUACAACGAAGUGAGGUCAUGCUUACAGGGGACAUGGGGAGCUUAGAUGAUCCCAAAAUGAAGAGCAUGAUGCCUACUGAUGAACAGUUUGCAGCCAUCAUUGUGCUUGGCUUUGCAACUUUGUCCAUUUUAUUUGCCUUUAUAUUACAGUACUUCUUAAUGAAGUAAACCCAACAAAAUUAGAGGUAUGAAUUAAUGCUACACAUUUUAAUACACACAUUUAUUCAGAUACUCCCCUUUUUAAAGCCCUUUUGUUUUUUGAUUUAUAUACUCUGUUUUACAGAUUUAGCUAGAAAAAAAAUGUCAGUGUUUUGGUGCACCUUUUUGAAAUGCAAAACUAGGAAAAGGUUAAACUGGAUUUUUUUUUAAAAAAAAAGAAAAAAAAAGAAGAAAAGCAUACCAGAUACCAAAAGCUAGCUUUCUUAUGUUUUCCUUUAAAUUUUCAGAUUUACCUUCAUUCUGUUUUCACUGAUGUCUUUUGCAAGCCUUUGAUUUUUUUUUUUGUUACAGUUUAAUAAUUUAUAUUCACCAGUCACUUCUUAUGUCUUGAACAUCUGUAUCUGUAAACAUGAAUCACCGUGUGUGUACUUACAGGGCUAGGAUUUCAGUGUUGUCAGAGUAUUACCACACAGCAACAGCAACAUACAGAAGAUAUGUUCACUCAGAUAAGACUGCCCUAAACAACCAUUUUGUCACUCAGUUAUUUAACUGUGUUUAGCUCAUUUAAAUCAAAAUGUGUACUUUAAUCUAAAAUGUUUUAAUAAUCUGUAUUUCUUAUAAUUUUAACACUAUGAGCUGCCUGUAUAAGAAAUCAAGUAACCAGAAUGCACCUAUAAAUUAUGGAGCAUUGUAGAUUUUACCACAUCAAUUCAUAGCAGUAACUUUAAGAGGGCAUUGUGCAAUAGUUAGUUGUUUUCUUGUUCAGCUAUUUUAAAGGCUGCUUUAACUUGUUUGUUUGUCUUUGUAUAUAACUACUUCUAAUCUAAUCACUAGAGUUAUUAUAUUCUGUUAUGUUUGACCAGAAUUAUAUGACAAGAACUGGUGACAGUUUAGUGCCUCUGCCCAUUGUCCAUGAUUUACACUAAUUGUGAGCAGUCUUCUUAUGUGUCAGCUCAUUAUUUUUGAAACAUUUGCCUUUAGGCUGUUCUUUGAGGUAUCAAUGAAGUGAUUGAAUUUCAAUACCUUAAUUCAGUGCACAUAAUACUAAUGUAACAGCAGAUGAAAAUUGAUAAAACCCAAAAGAGAGUCAUCUAAAUUUGUAGUUCCUAUUUCUGUGGGUUUGCCUGGCCAUGGUUGGAGAGGGAAUGGUGUUUGAUGGUAAACACAGGGUGUUUGGGGAUCAAGGAGCCUAGAUUCUCUCCCUGGAUCUGUCACUAACUUGCUGCGUGACCUGAACACGUCACUUUACCUCUCUGUGCCUCAGUUUUCCCAUGCAUGAAAAAUAAAAUAAAAUAAAAUGGGGAUUCUAAUGUUUGUAAGUGCUUUGAGAUCUUUGACCAACAGGUGCUAUUGGAGUGCAAAGUGUUACUCUUACGUGUUUAUUUUGAGUCAUGAAAUAAUCAAUUUUAACCCAAAGUCAUUGGAUUAUUUAUAUGAAGUCCAUAAUGUUCGAGUACCUCAGGGACAUUUAAGAGUUGGAGGUGCAAAUAUAUUCCAAAAGGGUGCAACAGACACAGUGUAUCCCCCUGCUUCUGUUUUUGUAUAUUUUUGCUACUUGGUUUUUCUUGAUCAUAGCUAUUUUGUGCUUGAUCUUUAUUGUCUAAGAUGCAGUAUCCUGUACUAGCUUAUAAUAUUCCCAUACCAAAGUCAUGGGGAAACAAACAUUAUUUUGUUUUUGGUUUAUUUAUACUAUAUUCUGCAUACAGUACUUUAAAUGCCAAUUACAGUGCAAUCUUUAUUUAUUGUAAAAUUUUUUAAAUGUACUUAUGUACUAAUUUUCCCUUGUAGCAUGUUAUAUUUUUGUGUUUUAUACUUUUGUAAUUUUAGGUCAGUCUUGUUCCUUGGCAACAUCUGUAGUAUUAUUAAUCUUCUGACAUUUUCUUAUGUUUUUAAAAAGAUAAGAGCAUCUAGUGCAUUAAAUGCCAAAAAAAAAUACAUUAUCAGUGAUUGAAACGUUUACAUGUACCCAAAAACCGUAAUCAUCUCUUGGAAGAAAAUGCUGAGAUCAAUGAAUUAUUCUGUGUGCCUAUAUUGAUGUAGUGAGUACUAGAGAGUUCUGUAUUUUAUUAUUGACUAUAAUAAUUAGUUUAAUUAGCUUUGCAAACUGAUGGCAUCAAGGUAAAUAUAUUUUUGCCAAAGUUCUGUCCUUCCAAAACUCACCCCCUUAUUUAAAUGUGUGCUAUGACCCACUAUGACACAGCAUCUGCAUUUUCUAAAAAAUUCCAUGCAGGUGUUUUGGGGAGAGGUAUUUUUUAAGCAAUGAAAAUUCAACUGAGUACAAAGCCCCCUCUGGGGGGGUUGGGGAAGUCUCUUUUUUGAAACACUUCAGAACUGCUGCUAUAAAGAAAUUCUCUAAUUGGUUGAAUUUUUUUUAAGUAAAUAGUACUUUAGGCCAAAAUUUAUAUGAAUAUUUGAUCUUCUUGAGAUUUUCAUACUAUCAUUUAACCACCAGGAAGCUGAAGUGUGUGAAGUACAAAGCUGACAGCACUUUAUUUUAUUGCUCUCCAUUAUUUGGUAUUCAUUAUAUUCCUUCAGUCAGAAAAUUAUUACUCUCUAUGGCACUGUUUUCUAUCACAAAUAUGUAUAUGUGAUAUUGAUAUAUAACUAUAUAUAUUGCCAUUACACACGAACAAUAAAAUAAAGUGUUAUAUUAACCUGAUCUCUUUGCCCUUUUGCUAUGUGAGGAGUGAAUGAGUGGCCUUCUGAUGCUCUGACUCUUCUCUGUAUGUCAAACUCAUCCCUGGCACAAGAAAUUCCAGUCAUGUGAAGCAAACUGCCCUUUGUCCUCAAAGAAAUUGUUGAAAAAGAAAACUUUUUAAAGAGAUUUUUUGCAUAUUCUCUGCCUUGUUCUUAUCAACUUGAAAUGUUGGCAUUUUCUAACCUUGUUUUGUUGGCUACAAUAAUUCAGUAUUCAUGUCAAAAUUGAGAAGUGCCCUAAUUGAAUGUGUUUGAAUGUUAUCCUUGCACAAUUCUUUAAAUUGAAAGAUAAAAUGUUUUACCUCACUGUUGGACAUACAUUCCAAGCUUUUCAACUCUAGGAGAAAAAGAAAAUCAUGUUUUCCUGUAUUGUAAAUUUUAGACUAUUUCAUAUACAUUGUAUUAAAACUGCCAUAUCAAUUUUAAUGUAUAGAUUUUGCAAAUACUAUGCUAUAUGUAAUACCUAACUGUAUCUGUAGUGUAUAUGUAAUAUAUUUAUGCCCAAUAAAUGUUUUAAUUCUUUCUGACUUAAA